AUGGCCGCAGAUGCAGACGAACGGACGCCCCUCCUCAAGUCCGGCGCCGGCGCCGUGAAGCGGGUCGGCCGCAGCCUGUGGUCCCCGGCGAAUCGGAUCCUGUUUGCUGGGUUCCUCGUGUCGCUGACACUAGGACUCACUCAAGUCCCCAUCAUCUACGUCUUCCGCGUCAUGGCCUGCGAGACCUUCUACGGCACCCACGCGCCCUUUGACGGCCCUGCCGCCAACAUGUGCCACCGUCGCGAGAUCGACGCCAACACGGCCCGCCAGGUCUCCAUCCUCGGCAUGACCACCUCCGUCUGCGGCAUCCUCAACCUGUUCAUUUGCGGCGACCUCAUCAAGCGCUGGGGCACCCGCUGGGCCCUCAUCAGCCAGACCCUCCUGCUCGGCAUCCGCGUCUCGUGCCAGAUCAUCGCCGUCUCGGCCGGCGGGCAGCGGGGCAUCGACCUGAUGCAGUACACCCAGCUCAUCGGCAUCGUCGGCGGGCCGCGGGGCUACAUGCUCGUGCUCAACACCGCCGUUGCAGAGGUGGUAGAAAGAAGAAAGCAUACGGGCGUCUUCGGCCGGCUGCAGGGCGCCGUCAUGAUCGGUACCGCUAUCGGCUACCUCUUGGGAGGUGUUCUGGGCGAUGUGUUUGGUAUUUCCAGCCCCUUCAUCACCGCCGUCGGCUGCUUCGCCGUCACCACGAUAUACGGCGCCAUCUUGUGGCCUGCGUCGCCCGAGCAGAGCGACGAGGCGGCGAGCAAGACGACGCCCGGUGCCUCGGGCUUCCUGGCCCCGAUCAAGGUCCUCAUGCCUCAAAAGUACCGUCUCGAAUCCGGAAAGGUGGUCAGGAACUACGGUCUCGUCUUCCUGGCUCUCGGCAUCUUCUUCGGCGUGUUCGCCACGGGCUACGCCCCGAUCUUGAUCCAAAUGUACGCAACCGCCCGCUUCAACUUCGGCACCACGGAGAACGGCAUCCUCAUGUCGGGCAACUCGUGGAUCCGGGGCAUCUUCCUCAUGUUCAUCUUCCCGGAGAUCAUCGACGGCGGAAGACGGUGGUUCGCCGCGUCGUCCCACUCGGGCGCUCUCCACAAGACGCUCACCGAGGAGGAGCGCAGCCUCAUCCCGACCCAUGCCGAGGACAUGGACCCGGCGCCCGGCCUGAUGAACGCCGCGGAACCGACCAAGGCGCCGCCCGAGGAGGAGGACGAGGACAGCACCUUUGACCUGUUCUUCCUGCGGUGGAGCUUGGUGGUGGACGGCAUCGUCACGUCUCUUGCUGCGUGGGCGACGGAGGGGUGGCAUGUCUAUGCCGCCGCCUUUCUGCUGCCGUUUGCCUCUGGAUCAGCGCCGGCCGCCAAGGGCGUCAUCACGGAGAUGUGCCCGCCUCACAUGCGCCAGGACGCUCUGAGCGCCAUCACCCUUGUCGAGAGCGCGGCGACGCUGACGACGCAGGGUAUCUUUGGCUUGAUAUUUGCCACGCUAUCCGAGAUCGGCAAGCCCAACCUGACAUUCUUCGUCAACGCGGCUCUCGCGGUCGUCGCCGUUGGUAUUCUGCUGCUGGCGCACUACCCUCCCGCGGAAGCCACGAGAAUCGAGAACGAAGAGCCCCAAGAGAAUAGCAGCGUUCGAGGCUAG